GGCCAGCGAGCAGGCCCGAGGAACGCACGUUUGGCAGCAAGCGCAACAAGCGGUGAACGGACAUGGCUCCUGUAGCGGCGCUGACCGCUGCACUGCAGCAGAUGGCAACGACGAUGGCAAGGAUCGACGCGAGGCUGGACCAGCUGAGCACCACGGUGGCCAACCCCGCGCCGUCCCCUGCGCCCGCGGACGCUGAUACGCAGACGGUGGGCACGACGAAUCCGCCGACACAGCAGGCACCGCCACCCGCUGCACCAAGGGACCCUCCGCCAGCGGCUACAGCUCGGCAGGUGGCCUACCAGCCACGUGACGGCAACGACGACGGAGACGACAGCGAUGAUCACGACGACGACGGGUCUUCGAGCAGCUCCGACGACGACGACGAAUCUGACGACGGCCACGACGGUGGAGGACGCCGCGAAAGACGCCAACCCGUUACGAGGCCCGGUGAUCGAGACUUUCACCGCAACAGACGGCGAGCUAUUCGAGACCUGGACUUGCCAACCUUCUUACCGACACCACUGACAUCUGUGACGACGUGGAUCGCGCGCGUUGACCUGGCACUCGAAGGAGCACGACUAUCAGGACGGGGCGAAUGGACUGAUCAAGAAUUGUAUUACAUCUUAGGCAAUAAGCUACAGGACAGUGCUGCCCGCUGGUGGGUCCAGCUGGAUCGUAAACUACGCGACCGUGAGCGAACGUGGACGAAGUUGAA